GGGCAUUUGGGUAAGUUAAAAAUUAAAACGAGUGAUUUGGGCAUUUCCGGGGACUAGGGCUAAUAUAAGCCUCCCCUCUAUAUCUAUCAUUUAGGGUUUUCUUUCUAUUUCUCUUGCGGCGUCGACAAAGGCGGAGAUCCAGGAAGGUCCGGCGGCCGAUCGAGAUAGUGCUCUGCAACAAUGCCGGAAAGACCGGGGAAACCCAGAAAGGAAGAGGUCGUGACCAGAGAGUACACCAUCAAUCUCCACAAACGCUUGCAUGGAUGCACAUUCAAGAAGAAGGCUCCCAAGGCCAUAAAGGAGAUCAGGAAGUUUGCUCAAAAGGCUAUGGGAACGACGGAUGUUCGAGUCGAUGUGAAGCUCAACAAAUUCAUUUGGAGCAAGGGCAUCCGAAGUGUGCCGAGGAGGGUUCGGGUCCGCAUCGCGAGGAAGAGGAACGACGAUGAAGAUGCCAAGGAAGAACUUUACUCGCUGGUCACUGUUACCGAGGUUCCCGAGGGACUCAAGGGCUUGGGCACUACCGUCAUUGAGGGGGAUGAUUGAAUCUUUGUUUCAAUAUAUGAUAAAGAAUUCCAGUUUUGGAUGUUGUCCUCUAUCAGCUAGUCUAAGAUAUUUCAUCUGCAUUUUCAAUUCCAAACACAGCCUAUCCUGCUCUGCUGUUUUAUCUCCUGAAGACAAUUUUGUUAUAUUUAUGGGUUUUAGCAAACUUUAUCCUAUGAUCUGGCCUAAUGAUCUGUUUUUUUUGUUUGAUUUCUCAAUAAUUCUCAUAAAAGUGG